AUGCAAAUUGAACGUGACCCAACAACAGAAAACAUGGAAGCCAAAGAUGAAUGCCCUUGCAAGAACGGUGGAACAUGCGCCAACAGUCCUUCCUCUGCCGAAGUCCUCUGCAACUGUACCAUGACCUCACUCACAGGCACCCUUUGUGACGAUGAUAGCCUAGCGUACGAGUUCACUCCCAAAUCAAUUUUCAUGUACCUCUACCCGCAAAACACCAAACCCAACACGUUCAUUGACACCGUGGUAUUCGGUCUGAUCACCAGCAAGAUGAAUGUAACCUUUCUGUCCAUUAGGGGAGAUACGAGCAACGAUUUCACAAUUUUCUACCUUCAAAAUGGCUCGUUGAACGUGGAGGUGUCCCUGGAAAAGAAGGAGUCUACCGUUCGGAGCAAGUCUCUGCUGUCUGAUGGUUCCUACCACAUCGUUCGCUACCAGAGGAUCGGGUCCUCGCUGAGUUUGCAGGUCGACACCAAACCGAAAAUAUUUCAAAAUCGAUCUGAAUCUCACAAGCCAGGACUGUUCAGAAACCAGGCAAUGAUCAUAGCAGGUCACCAGUUGGACCCAAGAUUCGCAUCAACUUUCUCGGGGAUCAUAGCAGGUUUGUACGUGAACGGAUUGCUAGUUUUCGAUCCAGUUAACCAGAAUCGGAGCAGCGCCAUUGGGAACGUCUACUUGAAAAAUAAUUUCAACAGACUGAAUUACAGUCACGAUGGUAGCGACUCAAGCCACUGGUUGACAGUGACCACCAGAAGACCAAAGAAAUUUACGAAACCACGGCAAGAUGAGCUGAUAAAAGCGAAGCACGACCCAUCUCAGUGUCCAGUGUAUGACAAGCAUCUGCUGGAUUCGUGCAACGUGGACAGCUACGAAGAUGACGACUCCUUCAUUCGUCCCACCAUUGAGAUCAACAGGAUGUUUGAAACUGUAAGCAAAUUGGACUUUCCGGAAGUUACAGAUGUCGGUUUCGAGUGUACAAGUGUUUCAUGCCUUACCGGCCAAACCUCUCCCAAUCCUCUCAACUACAAUCCAAAACCUGCAAUCGACGGUUCUAUCGAAACAAGUUCAAAUGUUCCAAAGAAAUAUUCAGACAACACAUCACUGAAAGAACUUCCUCUUUUCGGCACCGUCUACAAGUUUGAUCAGUUGAAGAAUGCUCAUCAUGACAAACAUUUUCAUCAGCAAAACAACUACCAUGUCCGGUAUAACGACAAAAAUAACGAGUACGCCAUCUACGACAACUUCUUGAACGACACAUCCUAUCGAAACUACUACCUGGACAAUCCUGAUUACGUAAUUUCCUCCAUUUUCACUAACAUCAUCCUCACAGUUGGAAUUUCCAUAAGUUUCAUUAUUCUCGUUCUCGUUUUGAUAUACGCCAUAAGAAAAUGUUCUCAGACAAAGGUGAAAGAGAACGAAACGUUGGACCAACUGGUUCCUGAAUUAAGGUACAACCCCAAAACAAGUUCAGUGGUCACCAGCAAUGUCCAUGUCAGACACGUACCGGAGUUGAGCCAGUCUCUACUGAGGGACAAACCAAUUUGUGAAAAUUAUGUCAAAGAAUGGUUCAUUUAA